UCGCGUCUUCCAGAGGGAUCUGCGAAUUUGCGGAGGAAAGGGGCUGUUGGGCAAAUUUAAUCAGAUGGUUUAGCAGCGCCGGCGAGGCAGCGCCGCAUCGCUGUGCUCCGGCCCCACCAUGGGCACCGGCAUGUGCUCCAGGAGGCAGAAGGGGCUCCUGCAGACCGCCUUCUGCCUGGUCACCGUGGCGUGCCUGGGCUCCGGAGUUUUCCUCUACAACCACUUGCAGCAGAAGGUGCGGAACGCAGAAGCCCUGGCCCAGAAAUACAAACAGCAGCAGGAAGCGCUGUCAGCGCAGCUCCAAGUGGUGUACGAGCACAGGUCCCGGCUGGAACGGUCCCUGCAGAAGGAGCGAGGGGAGCACAAGAAGACAAAGGAAGAUUUUUUAGUGUACAAGUUAGAAGCUCAGGAAGCUCUCAACAAGGAGAAGCAAGACUCCAUGAACAGAUACGGGGCCCUCAGCUCCCAGCACAAGAUCCUGAAGAACCAGCACGACGAUGUCAAGAAGCAGCUGCUUGACCUGCAGGUGCAGCACAACAGCCUGAAGCUGGAACACCGCAAGACACUGGAGAGCCACAGCCAGAAAUACACCCAGCUGCAGCAGGAGAAGGACAGCGAGGUCACCAGCCUGCAGGAUACAGUGUUUAAACUCAGGGAGGAGAGCAAGCUCCUUCGGAAGGCCCACCAGGAGGUUCAUUCCCAGCUCCUUAAUGCCCAGGCCCAGAUGGAAGAGUUCAGGCAGCUCAAGGAAGCUCUACAGAAGAUGCCAGGCUUCAGAGGAGGAGGAGGAGGAGGAGCUGGGAAGGGGCAGCAGCCUGUGGUGCCAGCCCACAGCCAGCUGCAGCUGGGGAGGCAGAAGGGUUUUCCAGUCAAUCCAGAGAAUGGGGUCCCUCUGGCAUCCCCGAUCUCGGGGUUCCAGAGGCCGGUGGAAGUCCCGGUGCUGCAGGGACAGAACUCCUACAGCAAGGAUGGCCCGAGGCCACAGCCAAACGUGCCCUUAACCCACCCCACCCCACCCCAGGAUGCCAACUCACUGCCAGAGGCUGUGCCAGCCUGGCCAGCGCGCCGUGGGGACGGGCACGUGGUGAGGUUCACCCGGACCAUGAACAGCCUCCCAAACGGGAACCCCGACGUGAAGAUGGUGAUGCGCAUCCAGGUGAGGAGCCACGAGGAAAGCCAAGCUCCUGGGCUGGCCCUGCCUGGUCCCAGACAACCCUCUGCAGCAGGAAAACCUCCAGUUCCAGACAGCCACCUCUCCCCAGGGAACAGACAGGGGCAAAUGCAAAGCUGGAAAGACAUAGUGAACAAGGUGAAUGCCCAGAUGGACGAAGAACAAGCACGUGGUUACCCAAAGAACCUCCAGUUUGAGCCCCAGCCUGGGCAGGAGGUGCAGAGGGGCAGCUCCCAGGCCCCCAGCCAGGGGAGAGGGGAAGAGCAUCACAGAGCUGAGCAAGGAGGAGAGAAGGAGAGGAUGGAUGAGGAAGAGCUGGAAAUGGAUGCAGGAGUGAUUGAGAGGGAGGAGAACUUGCACCCUCAGAAAGAGACUGUUGUCCAGGAGCCAAUGAUGCCAGAUGAUGCUGCAGAUCCUGCCCAGGAUCCCAAUAACCAAGGCGAGGAUGAGUUUGAGGAAGCUGAGCUGGAGAGACCCGACUUCGAAGAGAAGGCAGGAGGUUUGGAGAAGUUCAAGGAGCCCAGUGUGAAAGAAGAGUCAAAGGAGAAGCCACUGAAGGAUGCUGGUAGACCUGCCAAGCCCAGGGAAGACCCAAUGGAUGACUAUCAAGAAGAUCAGGAGCAAGAAAUUGAGGAUCAUGGAGGUGAGGUGGAUGACAACGAUGACCUGGAGCUUGUCCAAGAGCGGAAGGACCGUGUGGGCCUGCAGGGAGCUGGUGGCAAGAAGGACGACUACUACUGAGAGAUGCUGAAGGAAAAUGGGAUACUCUCGGAAUGAGGGGACGGGAGCUCCUCCUGGGAACUGGCUCCUGUAUUAAACACUGCCCAGAACAAAGGCAGGAGGAGGUAACUCUUGCAGGCCCUGAGCAGGGGCCUUGUAGACAUGCAUUACAUCUCUGUGUGGGGGCCGUUGGCUCUCCGGUCGAUGGCAUGGAAGUGCUCCCAGACUGUAGGAACGAUUUUAUCCUGCUGCUUUUCUUAGAAGCACUUUUUGAUUUACUGUGUUCUUCACCUUCUUGUUUUCCAUAUCCCCUCCACAGCUGGAGAGGGGGUUUUUUGUUGGGUUUUGGGGGUAUUUUACCCCCCUGGGCAGCAGAGAGGUGCCUGAACCGGUCCCUGGACUUACUCAACUGAUUGCUAAUACAAAGGAAUCUCUCUUCAUAAAACA